AUGAGCGACGACAACAGCCCUGUCACCGCGUACCCCGCGACGUCAAUCACAGCACAAAACCAAGAAGGUGGUCCUGGUCUCGAUGCCAAAAUGGAGCAAAAAGCGGAAUGGUCGCGCCUUGAAUUCUGGGACGACAACCAGAAGCCUUAUCUCAAAGAAUACGAAGGCCGCAGCCUGCUCCAAGGCAAAGCAGCGCUAAUUACUGGCGGCGACUCUGGCAUUGGACGCGCAGUCGCCAUUUUGUUCGCAAGAGAAGGCGCAGAUGUAAGCAUUGUGUAUCUGCCCGAGGAAGAGGAGGACGCGCAGUACGUCAAGAAGAAGAUUGAAGAGGCGGGCCGCAAGGCCAACCUCAUGCAACUCAACCUGCGGGAGCGCAAGAACUGCGAGCAAGCUGUUGAGCAGCACAUGAAGGUUUUCGGCAAGCUGAAUGUGCUAGUUAACAAUGCCGCAAUGCAAGAAAUGGCUACCGACAUCACCGAAAUCGAUCUGGACGUAACAGAAAAGACUUUCCAGACAAAUGUCAUUUCCAUGUUUGCAAUGAGUAAGUAUGCGCUCAAGCACAUGAAGCGCGGCGACUGCAUUGUCAAUAGCACAUCGGUCGCAGCAUAUAUGAGCAACCCUACACUCCUCGACUACGCAUCUACCAAAGGCGCAAUUGCAACCUUUACUAGGGGUCUGGCGCAACAGCAAGCACCAAAGGGAAUCAGAGUCAACGCCGUCGCACCUGGAAUCAUCUGGACCCCUCUCCAGCCUGCAACGAAAGGAAACCCUGCAGAUGCCAUGGAGUCGCUUGGAGUGGGUGCUUGUCCGCUGAAUCGCCCAGGCAUGCCUGUUGAGAUGGCGACGUGCUAUGUGCAUCUUGCGUCGCCGUUGGGAUCGUACUGCACGGGCGAGGUACUGCAUGGCUCAGGCGGCAUCGAAAUGCAGGGGUAA